UCUGUCCUGACUGUCUCAGUGUGCUGCGACUGGAAGACAAAGACCAGAUUACAACCCAACAUGUGGUCCAUCAGGAUGCUGGUCUCUGCUCUGGCUCUGACUCUGCUGGCUGUCUCUGUGGGGUCCUGGUCUGAUGGCAAUCUGUCAGGCGCCGAGCUGACGAGGCUCUACAACUCUCCAGUUUAUUUAGCUGAGAGGAUGAAACGACCACUGGGAUCCAACUCUUUUCAAAUUGGACCAAUCAGCCACUCUGGAGUCAGAGUGACGCUGCGCGACGGCUCUAAGUGGCUCAUCCAUAAAGGACAAAACUACGGCAUCUCCUCUCAGACGGUGGUGACCAAGGCUAACCAAAUGAGCUCAGACUGGAGGGUUGUUAGAACGGGGAAUUUCCAGGGGAGGAAGACUGUCGGUGACUUUGUGGCGACCGGCGGCUCCAACUACGAUUUCCUCUUCGAUAACUGUCACUGGGCAUCGAUUCGAAUGAUGAACCAGUAAACAUAAACAUGCAGUUUGCUUCCUCUCUGCUGAACAGA